AUGUUCACAUUUCUCUCCACUGUUACUGUCUCACUGCUCUGUGCUGCAGGUCUUGUUGAGGGGAGUGAAGUCACUCAGACACCCACCAUACUCUGGGAACUGAAAGACAGGGAUGCUCAGAUGAACUGCAGUCACACUAAGGGUGGAAGCUACUUCCAGAUGUACUGGUACAGACAGCUUCCAGGAGAGGGAAUGAAGCAGGUAGCCUUCACUACUCCCAAUUCCAAACCUGAGUAUUCAGGGGAUUUCAGUGAAGACAAAUUCUCAGCCAACAAGACUGUAGCUGAGAGGGGAUCUUUCACAGUGAAGAAGAUGGAGACAGGAGACAGUGGAAUGUACUUCUGUGCUGUGAGUCCGUACUCGGAGGCAUAUUUUGGAGCCGGCACCAAACUCACCGUUUUAGAUCCAAACAUCAAAGUCACUGAACCCACAGUGAAAGUCCUUCCACCCUCCACUAAGGAGUGUGAAGACAGAAACAAGAAGAAGAAGAAGACCCUGGUGUGUGUAGCCACCCGCUUCUACCCCGACCACGUCACGGUCUACUGGCAAGUCAACAAUGUCAACACAACUGCAGGCGCCGGGACCGACAACAAGGCCUUGUGGGAUAAAGAUAGUUUAUACAGUAUCACCAGCAGACUGAGAGUACCAGCCAAUGACUGGCACAACCCAAAGAACAGUUUCACCUGCAAUGUCAUCUUUUUCAAUGGGACUGGAAAUACAACUGAGAAACACACCAUUAGUGGAGAUCUCCAAGGUCAAAUUGGGGGAGAGAUAACGACAGAUAACUAUGUGAAGAGCACCCAGACUGCCAAGCUGGCCUACAGCAUCUUCAUCGCUAAGAGUACCUUCUACGGCCUGGUCGUCAUGGUUAUGAUUUGGAAGUUCCAGGGCUCCUCAGAGAAACAUAUUUAACGGAACACAAGUGGCCCAAGGAGGAUGUCCUGCAUGGGCGUUGAUUCUUCCAUGGGAUCAAGGACGGACUGGCAAAAGGGCAAUUCUGGCGAAUGCCAAAUGGACUGAUUCAUCUUUAGCCCAGUGGGCCUGUCUAAAUUGGCAUUUUUUAGCAAAAUAAUAAUAAGUUGGCUAGUAAAGAGGGCCUUAAGGCAAAACAUGGGCAGGUGUGUUAGAAAGGCCUGGGCCGGUUUCUGGUCCCAGUUUGCCCCUGCAUGUAAUUGUAUUGUCCAUUGUGCUUAUUGUGUCCAUCAUCUCUUUAUUACCCUGUCUACGUGAAGAUGUGCUUUUUAGAAUCUCCUAUGAACAUGAACUUACAAUUUAAAUGUAUAUUUGAAUCAAUUCAGCCAAAACAAUCUUUCCAUUAACUUACAAAACCAAUGUCUGUUUGCUUUUCCAGUAAUUACAGUAUAGUAUGUAUGAAUACAUUCUGCUUUCCGAUUUCUACAUGUUAAUUUGUGAAUAAUAAACUGUAUAUAAUUAUGGACAGAUCGAAAUAUACCUCUCCACAGUUAAAUAUUUUCACGACCCUCCCCCUCAUAGAAUUAAGUCAAUCUAAUGUUUACGACCACAAAUAACAAGAACUGUAGCGACCCUGUUUUUAUAAACGUGGAUAUCGACGUCGCCACUUCAGCAAGCUUUUCUGGCACAGUUGAUGCCACGCAGGGCUUUGGGCCAGAAGGUUGAGGGUUCACCGACCACCACGGACGAGCUCACUCUCCCUGCCCGUUUCAUCACAUUACGAUCAGAGACUGAGGCAGACGAGCUCACUCUCCCUGCCCGUUUCAUCACAUUACGAUCAGAGACUGAGGCAGACGAGCUCACUCUCCCUGCCCGUUUCAUCACAUUACGAUCAGAGACUGAGGCAGACGAGCUCACUCUCCCUGCCCGUUUCAUCACAUUACGAUCAGAGACUGAGGCAGACGAGCUCACUCUCCCUGCCCGUUUCAUCACAUUACGAUCAGAGACUGAGGCAGACGAGCUCACUCUCCCUGCCCGUUUCAUCACAUUACGAUCAGAGACUGAGGCAGACGAGCUCACUCUCCCUGCCCGUUUCAUCACAUUACGAUCAGAGACUGAGGCAGACCAAGAUCAGCUAGGGGGAAAUCAGAUUUUCAACAUUUUGAUGCCACAUUUAUAUAAAAUAUAUGCAACAACUUUUCCACCGAUAGGUUUAACAACCAAUCAACAAAGCAUACCAACUUCUGGCACUUUAAUAAUCAUGGUUUGUGUUUUGAACAAACAGAAAAUACAUCCCUCCCUACCUUGUAGACUUAGCCAGUAUUGAAGGCUUGGCUUGACAAUCUUAGUGUCAUUAAACGUUCUGGUGUUUUGUAACAAUGUCUCUUUUCAUUCAUCAAUUGGCCACUGCACAGUUUGGAUUGAUUGAUUCAUUUUAAUUGUAUGUAAAUAAAAUACAUAUAUUAAAAAAUGUUUUAUACACAUUAUUGUU